UUUUUUAAUUUCAUAUCCUCACAGUUAACAAUUAUGUCGCUCUUCGCGGUGUGCACGCUCUUCUUGUGCCUGGGGAAUCUGGGCGGCAGCAGCCUGCCGCUGGCCGGCGGAGCGAGCUCCGCAGGGCACCCGAACGACAAGGCGACCACCGGUACCUUGGAGAUGGCCCUUAUGAACCCUCGCCAGAAAGUUGACGAGGGGGGACUCAACGAUUUACCCAAAAUGUCUGCUCUAAAGAGCAUGGACAGUGGCACUAAUGACACCAUCAAGACCGUGAAAAGGAAAGUCUUUAAUAAUACAGAUGAAACGGGACAAGUAACCGGAAACAAGACAGUCGUUGAAAAGACUACAGAAACUGACGUUAAGCCCAAUGGAAAUGUAUCAAAGACUACGGAAACACAGGUUGUUAUUGAUGAGGAAGGUAAAGAAAGCGGCGAAAAAUCUGUCAAAGAGAGGGAAACCCUGACGGAAACUACUCCAAACAACGGGUCCUUAACACAGACGGUGGACGUGAAAAAGGUCACGGACGAAGUUGUAAUAAAGAAGGAAGCAACAGUACAGCCUCUUACCAAUGCGACCGAAGAAAAGCCGAAGGACGAUAAAGCCGCAACUCUUCUUUUUCCGAAGGUAGGGGCGGAUGACCAAAGUAAAAACAAAACAGAAACUGUGUUUAAUGCCUCAGGAAAGAACGACGAGCCUCAUAAAGUAGAACGAACAGAGAAAACAGUGGAGAUUCUGCCAGGCAAUAAAACGAAUGAAGUUCUCGUUACAGAGAAAGAAGAAAAACUACCUUCACAGGAAACCAUCAAGGAGAUAUUUGUGGAGAGUAAGAAUUUUACAGAAAAGGGCAAUGGAUCUCUGACAGCAGAACGAACAGAGGUAACAAAGGAGAUUCUGCCAGGCAAUAAAACGAAUGAAACUUUAGUAACAGAGAAAGAAGAAAGACUACCUUCACAGAACAGCAUUACGAUGACAUUUGUGGAGGGGAGGAACGCUACAGAAAAGAGCGAUGGACCUCAUAAAGUAGAACGAACAGAGAUAACAAAGGAGAUUCUGCCCGGCAAUAAAACGAAUGAAACUUUAGUAACAGAGAAAGAAGAAAGACUACCUUCACAGAACAGCAUUACGAUGACAUUUGUGGAGGGGAGGAACGCUACAGAAAAGAGCGAUGGACCUCAUAAAGUAGAACGAACAGAGAUAACAAAGGAGAUUCUGCCCGGCAAUAAAACGAAUGAAACUUUAGUAAUAGAGAAAGAAGAAAGACUACCUUCACAGAACAGCAUUACGAUGACAUUUGUGGAGGGAAGGAACGCAACAGAAAAGAGCGAUGGACCUCAUAAAGUAGAACGAACAGAGAUAACAAAGGAGAUUCUGCCCGGCAAUAAAACGAAUGAAGUUGUAGUAACAGAAAAAGAAGAAAAACUACCUUCACAGGAAACCAUUAAGGAGACUUCUGUGGAGACUAAGAAUGUUACAGAAAAUGGCGAUGGACCUCUGAUAACAGAACGAACAGAGAUAACAAAGGAGAUUCUGCCCGCCAAUGAAACGAAUGAAGUUGUAGUAACAGAAAAAGAAGAAAAACUACCUUCACAGGAAACCAUUAAGGAGACUUCUGUGGAGACUAAGAAUGUUACCGAAAAUGGCGAUGGACCUCUGAUAACAGAACGAACAGAGAUAACAAAGGAGACUCUGCCCGGCAAUAAAACGAAUGAAGUUGUAGUAACAGAAAAAGAAGAAAAACUACCUUCACAGGAAACCAUUAAGGAGGCUUCUGUGGAGACUAAGAAUGUUACCGAAAAUGGCGAUGGACCUCUGAUAACAGAACGAACAGAGAUAACAAAGGAGAUUCUGCCAGCCAAUGAAACGAAUGAAAUCACAGUAACAGAGAAAGAAGAAAAACUACCUUCACGGGAAACUGCUGUGACGCCACCGAAGGUUGUUAAAAAGCUUAGGAGAAGGAAAGCUUGUAGGUGUGACUCGUUCAGGACCCUUGCGGUGGUAACAGAAGAAUUAGUUGCAAGAAUUGCUGCUGUUGUAUUGAAGGAAAUGACAACAGAGUAGUGAUAGUGUGUUGCUGUUUCUCUUAUCAAUUUCUUUGAAAAAAAAUCAUAAUCAAAA